GUGGCCGCUGGCACCUCGGCGCUGUGGACGCGCGCCGCGGCCCGGAGGGAGGCCCUCGCGGGCGUGCGGGCGGCCGCCGCCUCCACGUCGGCGCAGCGGCCCCACAGCGCGCGCGCCCAGGCGCAGGAGGCCCCCGAGCACGUGCCCGUCGGCGGCUCGCUGCCCCUCACCUUCCUCUCUGACGACGAGAUCAUGAUGAAGGAGACGGUGGCGAGGAUGGCCGAGGAGAAGAUCAAGCCCCUCGUGCGGCAGAUGGACGAGUCCUCCACCCUGGACCCGAGCGUGGUGCGCGAGCUGUUCGAGAACGGCCUCAUGGGCAUCGAGGUCGACGGCGAGUACGGCGGCACCGAGUCGUCCUUCUUCACGUGCAUGCUCGUCGUCGAGGAGCUCGCCAAGGUCGACCCGUCGGUGAGCGCGUUCUGUGACAUCCACCAGACGCUGGUGAACGCCCCAUUUCGCAAGCACGGCACCCCGGAGCAGAAGGCCAAGUACUUGCCCAGGCUCGCCCAGGACAUGGUGGGCAGCUUCUGCCUGACGGAGCCCACCUCCGGCUCGGACGCGUUCGCCCUCAAGACCACCGCCAGGAAGGAGGGCAACGACUGGGUCCUCAACGGCACCAAGAUGUGGAUCUCCAACUCGGACCUCGCGGGCGUGUUCCUCGUCAUGGCCAACGUGGCCCCCGAGCAGGGCUACAAGGGAAUCACCUGCUUCAUCGUGGAUCGCGACACCCCCGGGCUCACCGUCGCCAAGAAGGAGGACAAGCUGGGUAUCCGGGCGUCUGGGACCUGUAUGGUGCACUUCGACAAUGUCAAGGUUCCCAACAACCACGUGCUUGGAGAGGUCGGAAAGGGCUACAAGUACGCUAUUGAGGUGCUAAACGAAGGUCGAAUUGGUAUCGGUGCCCAGAUGAUUGGGUGUGCCCAGGGAGCCUUCAAUGCCACCAUUCCAUACACCCUGGAGAGGAAGCAGUUUGGCAAGAGAAUUUUUGACUUCCAAGGUAUGCAACAUCAAAUUGCUCAAAUUGCAACUCAGAUUGAAAGUGCAAGAUUAUUAGUAUACAAUGCAGCCCGUCUGCAUGAUGCUGGAAAAGACAUCAUUAAGGAGGGAGCAAUGGCAAAAUACUGGGCAUGUGAGGUGGCUCAGCUGGCGACAUCAAAGUGCGUGGAAUGGAUGGGAGGCGUUGGGUUCACAAAAGACUUCCCCCAAGAAAAGUAUUAUAGAGACUGUAAGAUAGGAUCAAUCUAUGAAGGUACUUCUAAUAUCCAACUUAAUACUAUUGCAAAAAUGUUGGAGAAGGAGUAUGUUUCAUAAAAUUUAACUGAUAAGAAAAAUAUAUAGGUCUAGUACUAAACUUACUUUUAAGAUUAAUCCGUCAAUACAUUGAAAUGGACUGAAGUUGGCUAUGUGAUUUAGGAUGUAAGGUUUAAAAAAUAAAAUUUUACAAUGAGAUAA